AAGGGUUUCCUCACACACAUGCGCAAAUUAGGGUUCUCAGUACUCUUCACCGGAUCUGUCUCAGCUUCAUCGUUGAUUCAAUUGCAGAAACAUCGUUAAUCGCAGAACUCUUACAUCUAUAAAUGAGAGCGCUCGUUCCCCUCUGCGAUUCUGUUUCUAUUCAACAAGGUGUUGAAAGGGAUACAAUGUCUGGAGAGGCUGGGAAUAUGAUGUUGGUUUAUGGUGACCCUUCAGACCAGAGGUCUUUCUCUUUGGAUGAUACAAGCAGCACAGAGGAAUCACCAGAGCAAACAAGACUGUCACUAGAGACAACAAAUGAAUCUAUCCCAUACAUGGGACAGAGAUUCCCAACUCAUGAUGCUGCUUAUGAAUUCUACAGUGAAUUUGCAAAACGCUGUGGCUUUUCAAUCAGACGACAUAGAACAGAAGGCAAAGAGGGUGUUGGCAAAGGACUCACAAGGCGCUACUUCGUUUGCCACCGUGCUGGAAAAACUCCUGUCAAACCUGCAAAUGAGAACAAACCUCAAAGAAAUAGGAAAUCCUCCCGGUGUGGAUGUCAAGCAUAUAUGCGUAUAAGUAAGAACUCUGACCUUGGACUUCCAGAAUGGCGAGUGACUGGUUUUGUAAACCACCACAAUCAUGAACUCCUAGAGCCAAACCAAGUACGUUUCCUUCCUGCAUACCGCACGAUUUCUGAUGCAGACAAGAGUCGAAUCCUAAUGUUUGCCAAAACAGGAAUCUCAGUUCAACAAAUGAUGAGGCUUUUAGAGCUUGAGAAAUGUGUAGAGCCUGGAUAUCUGCCAUUCACAGAGAAGGAUGUUAGGAAUUUGCUUCAAUCAUUUAGGAAGGUGGAUCCUGAGGAUGAAAGCAUUGACCUACUAAGAAUGUGUAGAAACAUUAAGGAGAGAGAUCCAAAUUUCAAGUAUGAUUUUACGCUUGAUUGUAACAAUAGAUUGGAAAAUAUAGCCUGGUCAUAUGCCUCAUCUAUCCAGUCCUAUGAGAUUUUUGGUGAUGCUGUGGUUUUCGAUACAACCAAUUGUUUGACUGCUUUUGACAUGCCUAUGGGGAUAUGGGUUGGAGUUAACAAUUAUGGUAUGCCAUGCUUCUUUGGUUGUGUGCUUCUACGAGAGGAAAAUGUGAGAUCAUUCUCAUGGGCCUUAAAGGCAUUCUUGGGGUUCAUGAACGGCAAAGCCCCACAAACAGUGUUAACGGACCAGAAUAUGUGUCUCAAGGAGGCAAUUGCACUGGAGAUGCCAGCAACUAAGCAUGCUCUAUGCAUAUGGCUUAUUGUGGCAAAAUUUCCUUCAUGGUUUAAUGCUGUUUUAGGUGAACGAUACAAUGAGUGGAAAGCUGAAUUUUAUCGACUCUACAACUUGGAAUCAAUUGAUGACUUUGAGUUGGGUUGGAGAGAUAUGGUGAAUUUGUUUGGUCUGCAUAAUAAUAGACAUAUUGCUACUCUAUUUUCCUUGAGGUCACUGUGGGCACUGCCAUACCUAAGAAGCCAUUUCUUUGCGGGAAUGGUUACAGCUGGCCACUCAAAGUCAAUCAAUGCUUUUAUUCAACGGUUCUUAAGUGCACAAACCCGUCUUGCACAUUUUGUGGAGCAGGUGGCUGUUGCUGUGGACUUCAAGGAUCAAACUGGUGAACAACAAACUAUGCAGCAGAAUCUUCAAAACAUUUGCCUUAAAACUGGGGCUCCCAUGGAAUCUCACGCUGCUACAGUUCUCACACCUUUUGCAUUUUCCAAGCUCCAGGAGCAGCUUGUUUUGGCUGCACAUUAUGCAUCGUUCCAGUUGGACGAUGGUUUUCUUGUCCGCCACCACACUAAAGCCGAGGGAGGCCGAAAGGUUUAUUGGGUCCCGAGGGAAGGCAUUAUAGGUUGCAGCUGUCAGCUGUUUGAGUUCUCAGGGAUACUUUGUCGGCAUGCCCUUCGAGUGCUGUCAACAGGAAACUGCUUCCAAAUUCCUGAAAGAUACUUACCAUUUCGUUGGCGAAGAAUCAGCUUACCAUCAAGCAAAGCUCCCCAGACAAAUCAGAAUGAUCAUACAGAAAGGGUUCAAUCGCUGCAAAGUUUGGUUUCAAAUCUUGUUACAGAAUCAGCCAAGUCAAAAGAACGCCUCGAUUUUGCAUCCGAGCAAAUUUCCAUCCUUUUGACUCAGAUUCGAGAACAGCCGGUUUAUUCCCAGGAAGUUAGAGAACUGUCAUCCAUUCAAAGGAACCUUUGACUCAGAUAAAUGUGCAGAAACUCUUCCAAAUUAGAAUUCUUGUAGAAAUUAGGGAAACAGAAUACAGUAUAAUAUGGAGGCAUUGAAUGCAGGCUAGUGUAUAUAUGGUCCUUGAGGGCUUGGUUUGCAUUUUUGUAUGAAAUGCAGUUUGCAUCGCACAAAAAUCACAUUCAUAUUACUUUUUGUCCUUUCCAAACAACAAAAUAUAUACGGCCACCAUGUGUAAAGUUGUGUUUUCAACGCAGAAGAAAAAUAUUCUUAUAUUGAUUAGUUCCA